AUUGACGCUUUAUUGAAAUUUAAAAAAAAUGGAGAAUUCAUUUCGUUGAUGAAAAACUAGAGGAUCAACCUGGAGGUUUGAGAUGAGUAUGGAGGACGAGCGAUUGCUGGUCGUCGAGGAUGUCGAGAACCCCUCGAAGAAGAGGUGGGUGGCUCUGGGGCUUUUUUGUGCCCUGAAUUGCACUCAGUGCUACGUCUGGAACACCUGGGGACCAAUUGCUGAGACUGCCAUGGAGGCUUUUCCAUCCUGGAGGAAGAGUUCUGUCGCUCUUCUCUCCGACUGGGGGUCCAUCACCUAUUUGACGUGUUGUCUGCCCACAUGCUGGAUUUUAAAUUCAUCGCGUUUUGUCACUCCUAUUCGGCUGGCAGCGGUUUUGUCUACUCUCGCGACGUUCUCCAGGUGCAUCUCCUCCCAGGAGAUGAUCUUCACGAUAACUGCUCAUUUGGCUGCUGUUCUCGAUGGUUUGGCAGGUGUCAUCAUCGGACCGUCAACUGCUCUCAUGUCAGCUGUUUAUUUUCCCACUGGUGAGAGGACCACUGCCACUGGAAUAUCCUCCGCGUUCAACCAAUUCGGGAUGGCUCUAUCCUAUCUGCUGGGUCCAGCUGUUGUUAAAAAUGGAGAUUUUUAUUUCAAUUCCACAAGCCGAGGUGACAAUCUCCGGGUGCAGAUCAUGUCUCUUAUGAGGAUCGAAUUUGUCGCACAAUUGCUCGUGUUAUUGGGAAUCCUGAGCUUUUUCCCGGGUGGAAAGAAAAACUCGGGGGGUAAUGCAGAGACACCGAGACUAGGUGUUUUCGAGUCCCUGAAUCGUCUCAUCAAACAGCAGAGCAUGUGGUUUCUGUGUCUUGCAGCAGCUCUCAGUCAAGGAGGCACUGGACCCUGGCUGGCGAUGAUCACCAUUGCCUUUGGCAAUAUUAUAUCUCAAAGCGAAGCGGAUAAUCUGGCUUUCUGGACAGUAAUCAGCAGUAGCAUCCUCAGCCUGUUGAUCUCCUGGGUGAUGGACGUAUUCCAAGGACAUCUCAAAUUGGCGAUUUAUACUCUCCUCUUGACGUCCUCUGCCAUGUUCCUCUGGGUGAUCCUCCUGGACUACAAGAUCCUAGUCUUUCACAAGAACGAAUUGUAUGCAGCUGUUGUCCUUGGAAUUUCCCUGAGCUGGUCUUCGCCUGCUCUUUUCCUGGAACUCGCAUCGGAAAUCGCUUAUCCUGUCUCGGAAGCCAUCGUCGGGGGGUACAUGAUAUUUCUGUCGAAUAUCGUCGGCAGUUUGUUCUAUCUCUCUUAUUUUGUCCCCGGAGUUGGUGACAGGUGGUCGAGCUGCAUAGUUCUUGGGAAUUUGACAUUAUCAACGAUUUUAGUUGGAUACGUAAAAGACGAGUACAAUCGAUCGAAAUCCGAAUGAAUUCGCAGAAAUAAAAUUUCAAGAGAAUAAUAAAUAAAAAUUCUUCCACUCGCA